GUUUCUGAGGCAGGAUGUAUCACUCCACUUUUUUUUUCCUUUUUCCUUUUAUUGGCAAAUUAAUUCAAUUUCCACCCAGGAAGUGUUAACGCUCUUACUUACAUUGACUUGGAAGUCUAGCACUGCAUUUGUGCAAAUUAUUGCAUCAGGUGUCUGGCUGUAUUUCUUCACCAAUCAUUGAGAUUGGUCAUGUCGAUUGUUGUGUGAGUGACAUAUCUCUUUAUAGAAUACAUCUUAGUCAGAUCUGCAAAAGCGGCAGCCAAGUGUUUUUCGCGUACGUAACUAUCACCUGCUUAUCCUCGUUAUGUUUGUCAAAAACGUUUUGAAGGAAUCGUAUCAUGGAUUAUUGGGUGUUUGCCGACGAGGACAGUUGAUUCCCGCAGCUGCUAGAAGACUCCAACACAGCCAGAGCCAGCAUCAUGACCAGGCUGCUGCUGCCCCACCAACACGUCCAGAGACAUCGGGAGCCAAGACCCUGAUGGACAUCGGGACUCGGCGGAUCUUCAACGAGGACCAUGAUCUUUUCCGACAAAGCGUGCGUCGAUUCUUCCAAGAGGAAGUAAUCCCACAUCACAAAGAAUGGGAAAAAGCAGGUCAGGUGAGCAGAGAGGUGUGGGAGAAGGCUGGGCAGCAAGGUCUGCUGGGCGUCAUGACCCCCGAGAAGCAUGGCGGCAUCGGUGGAGACCUGUUCUCAGCAGCCAUAACGUGGGAGGAGCAGAUGUAUUCCAACUGUUCAGGACCAGGUUUUGCUCUGCACUCCGACAUUGUGAUGCCGUAUGUCAUCAACUAUGGAAACAGGGAGCAGAUUGAGCGCUUCAUUCCUCAACUGACUGCAGGCACAUGCAUCUCAGCCAUCGCCAUGACAGAACCAGGAGCUGGGAGUGACCUUCAAGGGGUGAGGAAGAAUGCCAAGCGAGACGGCAGUGACUGGAUUCUCAAUGGGAACAAGGUUUUUAUUACAAAUGGCUGGAUGGCUGACCUAGUGGUGGUCGUCGCCGUGACCAACCGGGAGGCCAAGACAGCGGCUCAUGGCAUCAGUCUGUUCCUGGUGGAGAACGGCACAAAGGGCUUCCAGAAGGGUCGUAAGCUGGAGAAGAUUGGACUGAAGGCGCAGGACACCGCUGAACUGUUCUUCGAAGAUGUCCGUCUCCCAGCUGCUGCUCUCCUGGGGGAAGAGAAUCGAGGGUUCUACUACCUGAUGAAUGAACUUCCUCAGGAACGUCUGGUGAUUGCUGACAUGGCCAUCGCCAGUUGCGAGUUCAUGUUCGAGGAAACCAGGAAUUAUGUGUUGCAGAGGAAAGCUUUCGGAAAGACCAUCGCUCACCUGCAGACUGUGCAGCACAAACUGGCAGAGCUGAAGACUGAAAUCUGCGUGGGACGAUCCUUUGUGGACAGCUGCCUUCAACUCCACGCUGAGAAGCGUCUGGACGCCUCCUCUGCCUCCAUGGCCAAAUUCUGGGCGUCGGACCUCCAGAACAAGGUGGCCACUCAGUGCCUGCAGCUCCAUGGUGGCUGGGGAUACAUGUGGGAAUAUCCCAUUGCCAAGGCUUUCGUGGACUCACGUAUUCAGCCCAUCUACGGAGGAACGAAUGAGAUCAUGAAAGAGCUGAUCGCCAGAACCAUAGUCAGCCAGAAGUGAGACUUGAGCUUCAUCACGGUGGUGGAGCAGAGUCGGGGGGGUGUGUUUUGAGUUUGGUGGUGAAUUUGUCAGCACACUGGGAUCAAUGCACCUGAUCAUGUACCGGAAACUCUCGCUCAAUAACUGGGAUUCAUCUUGCUGGAUGAUGCAGGCUCAACAAUUAGAUACACCAGUCAAAUCACGAACAUCAUGAUUUUUAACACAUUGUCUAAUAAUUUAUUUUUAAGCUAUGAUGAAGGCCAUUAAUAAAAUUAAAGAUUUUCCUCCUAA